AUGGGGGGGAGACGUGCACCACGCCCUGCACAGAUCGGCCACAGCGCCAACACGACGCUGCAAACAAAAAUCUCAUUCGAGCACUCCGUGGGGGGUCAGAGCCUCCACAGAUCUCGCACGGCGGAGAUGUGGCAGCUGCAGGGUUGUGUGGGGCCUUCCCGAAGCUUUUGCCACGACGUGCUGCAACACCCGAUGUUCGGCAUGGACAUAGUGAUCGCGACGCACAAUACCCAGACCCUCCUCGUGGGAUGCGUGGGUCGAGCCCCUUGCUCGAUGCAGAUCUGGGUGAACGUUGUACGGUGGUAUAGAUCCAGAAUGUUGUGCAGAGUUCUCUGGGCGGCGUGCUGCAGGGAGAGCUCACAGCCAGACUUCACCGUCGGUGGCAUCGGGGAGUCAACAAUUUUGCAGAGUUCAGCGUCUACUGUGACCUCACCUGCCUUCUUUGAGGACCCCGUCGAGGAUCCACUGGGAGAGGAGGUGAUCAAAAAAGGGGGCUAG